CCAGCAGAGAAAGGAUUUUGGAUUACAAUUCCAGAGUGUGAUUGGAUAGAAGUUGUGAAAUAUCCAUGGUCACAUUAAAAAUGUAAGUGUGACAGUAUACUAGAGCAGAGGUAUACAUCAUUAUACACUUGAUUCUUAAUACCAUUAGUAGCUAGACCACUUCUAAAAGUGUUUGUGAAGCUCAGUCAUUAGCUCAGUUAUCUUUAUUUACCAUGAAACUUUACGCUGUAUCUGAUGGACCACCAUCUCUGGCUUGUAGAAUGGCUUUGAAAGCUCUCAAUUUAAAAUACCAAUUAGUUGAUGUUGAUUUUUGUAAAGGAGAACAUAUGACUGCAGAAUACGAGCAGUUAAAUCCACAAAAAGAAAUUCCUACUUUGGAAGAUGACGAUUUAAUUAUGGGUGAAAGCAACGCCAUUCUUCAAUAUCUUUGUGAUAAAUAUGAUGUGAAUGGUAAACUCUAUCCAAAAGAAGCCAAUGCUCGAGCAAUUGUUAAUCACCGGCUUUGCUUCAAUUUGGCGAUGUAUUAUAAAAACAUUUCUGAAUACUCACUAGCUCCAAUGUUCUUUGCUUAUGAACGAACUGCUCUGGGCUUGAAGAAAGUAAAAAUGAGUCUGGAUGUCUUUGAAACUUAUUUGACACGUACCAACUAUUCAUAUGCUGCUGCAGAUUUUCUAACUAUUGCUGACUUUCAAUUGAUUACUGCAACAAUGUGUCUUGAAGCAAUUAAUUUCCCAUUAUCAUCUUGGCCAAAAAUUGAAAAAUGGUAUCAAAGUUUUAAAAAAAAUCAUCCUGAAUUAUGGGAAAUAGCAGAGGGUGGUUUAAAAGAACUUAGUGACUUCGAAAAGAAUCCUCCUGAUUUAUCACACAUGAAACAUCCAAUUCAUCCUAUUCGAAAAAUGAAAAAAUAAAAAAAUUUGUGUACUUGAAUACUAUGAAACGAAAAAGUUACAUUAUCUAAUAGUUACACAAAUAUAAUAUAACUAAUUAUGUAUUUUUUUUAUGUUAUUAUAACACAUAAUUACAUUGUAUUCCAAAAAUACCUACUGAUUCAUCAUAAAAAGAGAUGAAAAAUUCUAGACAAAUUUGCUGAAAGUAUUUGAUAGAAUUUACAUGUAUAUAUUGAAAUUUCAAUUAAUUGAUAACAAAAUCAGUCAUAGUUUAAAUCUUUUAUAUAAAUUUUGAGCGA